AAAAAAAAAAAACCGAGUGGGAGAAGCGGAGAGGCAGCUAGUAGUCAGAACGCCAUUUCUGGUUGAGUUUUGUCAUCGGUCGGAGAAGAGGGUGUUGGGUGAGAGUGAGGUUGGGUUGGGGAGAGAGAGAGAGAGACCGGCUAUGGAGACUGCCAUAUGUGGAAGAGUCACUCUUUCGCCCAAUCACGUCUUCAACCCUAAACCAGGGGAUAAACAGCUUCUUUAUAAAGGAUCAUGUAUAAAUCGAGGCAUUCUCAUGUCAAUGUCAGUUACUUCUCAGGGAAAAGGUGGUGGUUUGUUGGAGAGACCAACUAUAGAGAAGGCCACUCCUGGUCGUGAAUCUGAAUUUGACUUGAGGAAAUCAAGGAAAACAGCUCCUCCCUAUCGCGUAUUAUUGCAUAAUGACAACUUCAACAAGCGAGAGUAUGUUGUUCAAGUUCUAAUGAAGGUCAUCCCUGGAAUGACACUGGACAAUGCAGUUAACAUCAUGCAAGAGGCACACUACAAUGGCCUGGCGGUGGUGAUUAUCUGUGCCCAAGCAGACGCAGAAGAACAUUGCAUGCAGCUGAGAGGCAAUGGUCUCCUGAGUUCAAUUGAACCUGCAAGCGGUGAGUGCUGAAGGACAGUGAUCGUGGAAAGCAUACAUUAUCUCUGCUACUGGUUAUCUCCAUCCUCUUUUAAGCUAUCCGUACAUAGUCUGAAAAUAUUCAUAUUAUGUGAAUCAACUUCGAUUUCGUCAGGUUAGAGAUGGAUAGUACGACAUUGAAGACACUUGUACAGUGACAAGUCUGGGCAUUGUGGUUUUGGGGCUUAAUGAAUUGAAUGGUAUAAAAAUGUAAAUGAAGCUAAAGAAUUCUUAGUUCCGAAAUUGCUACUUUUAAGCACCCCCCCCCCACCCUCCCCAAAGUUUUGAUACGGAGACGUUGAAUGUCUUCUAAAUAAGUCCCAAAACCACAAUUGGGAGUAGGGUUUGAUAAGAAGGAAAAUUGAAUUUUGGUUCUAGUGUGGGUCAUGCUGGAAUUAUACAAGGUUCAAAAUAUGGAUAUUGUAUGUUGUAUUGGAAAACUUA